CACAGGGUUUUUCUGUAAUUAGUCAAACCACAGUCUGUGUGAAAGACUUGUCUCAUCGCCUAAAUCUGUUUCUGUUUCCUUCCUUGCAGCCUGUAUAUAUUCAGUAGUUCCCGAAGUUUAUUUUCAUGUAAUGCUCAUUUGGUACACGAUGGUACUUUCCCGCUGAGCUGUUGUUGAUAACUGGGUUAGAAUUUAGGGACUUUCCAGGCCUGGUAAGUUUCACUUCCUGUUUCUCUGUAAUUUGAUCACCCUGCUUAACUUGCUCAACCAUAAAGAGAACUGAAGGCUUAAAGGGGAAGGGGAAAAAAACUGAAACUUGUACAAGGUUUAAUAAAGGCUUGGUAGAGAGAGAACACAAACUGUUUAAAGCAGUUAACGCAUCAACAAUAAAAUGAAAGUUAGUACUAUACUUCACCUCAUACUCUUUUAUAGAGCCCGUCCAAUUGCAGCCUUGGUUCAAACACCUGGCUGGAAGACUGGCAAUUUCUCGACCUGCUGCAUUGUCUGGAAAGGCCUGGAGGAACAACAAAGAACAAAGAGCUCAGUGAAGCCAGAAAUAAAACCAGCAGGCAGACAGAGUAUGAUGCAUUGUCUAAGGCUGUGGUGAAGUAUAUGACCAUCAAAGUCGGUGGAAUUUGGGACUGGAGUCAUUUCCUUUCAAACAGAGUGGGGGUAAAAGAUGGUUUACUGAUUACACAGAGGAUGGUACACUAACCUCAUUACUAUGCAGGAUGGACAUAGGCUCCUCAUAUAUUUCCUCCUGGCGGCAGGCCUCACAAGGCUUUGGCCCAGAACUGAUAAACAAAACAGGUUUGUGACUUUACGGUAAAAUAAAACAGCUCGUUUCCUGCUGAUCCAGAACUGGAACAACUGAUAACCGGAAUGAAUGACAACAGAAGUGACAGGAAGCAGGAAACCAAUGAAAGCAUGUGAAAUAUUCCUUAUCUCAAGAAUCUACGUGUAUCAGGUUACUUUCAAAACAUCUACUUCACAUCAGGGAUCAAGUCAUAUGUCAAACAGCAGUUCACAUGACCCAGGCACUUCUUGCUGUUAGACUUUUCAUAAGUAGAAACACAAAUGUCAGAUGAGCUUUUUUACUGUGGUGUGAAUGUCUGCACAUCCAUCCAUCCAUCCAUCCAUCCAUCCAUUAUCUAUACCAGUUAUCAUUUGAGGGCAGCAGGGGGAGCUGAAGCCAGCCCUGGACAGGUCACCGGCAUAUCGCAGGGUCGAUCAUACAGAGACAAACAUCCAUCCACACUCACAUUCACAGAUAUGGUCAAUUUAAGAUAAGACUUAUUAAUCUUGAAGGAAAGCCUUGUUUAUUUAGUCUCUAAUCAACCUUAAACCAAUCUGCAUGUCUUUGGACUGUGGGAGAAAACAGAAGCUGGUGUUUCAUUUAUGUUUUCUUUAAAACUGUUCAAAACAAUAAUUUUCUUUCAUCUUAUAUCUAAUGAUACUGGACAUAGCAGUGGCUUGUAUUCACAACAUAAUUAGUGCAUUACUAAGCAACCAGUGAGUCAAUGAGAGGGAAAAAAAACCAAUGGACACCUUUAGCAUGAGUGAACCAGAUCCUUGUGAUACACUGACAUCAGUAUUAGAGUCCAGUCAUCUGAGGGAUGAGUAUGCAUUAAGUAACUGAUCUUGGGAGCACCAAAAAAGGAAAAAUAAUCCACAGAGGCGAGCAGAGAUAGGCACACAGGAUGGGCUGAAGCAUGUCCAAUUAGAGAGUAAGCAUUAGGGGGUGGAAGGAUUUGGGGGGGGGGGGUUGCAUGCCACACGGUUGUCGGUGGAUCUCCAGUCUACCUGGUGAGCUGCUUGAAGCAGUGUACACAGAAGCGAUGGCCGCACUGAGCCUGAACGGGCUUCCUCAGGACCUGGAGACACUGCUGACAUUUGUAUUUAUUCUCCAUGGGCACUGAGAGAACACUGAGUGGGAUUCCCGGUAAAGAGUUUGCACAGUCCAGCGAUAUUCGGGCCAUCCUUGUCCCUCCACCUGGGGCUCUUCUGUGAAGAAAUACGAGACACAGCACAUGUUAACAGCCAACAAGUCUUGAGCAAUAUCCAGAGACAGCCAAUCGAUCACAAUGUUUGCUUUUUUCUCAGACAUGCCAGUAAUUGUUCAUAUACCACUAAGUAAUUAUUAGUUAUACCAGGGUGACACCUACUGGGUUGGUUAGAUGGAAUUUAAACAGCGUCAAUGCCCUUUAGCAAAUAGUUGCACAUGGCGGUUAAGGCUGGGUUCAUAACUGCUGUCAAUUAUGGGCAUGCCAACUUGACAGCAGUAAUCUCUGGGUGCAACAGCCUCAAAGAUGUGUCACUCCCAAUUGUAUUGUCAUUGCACAACAGAACCAUGACAUUUAUAAUACUAUUCCAGUGCAAACAUAAAAGCACAAUAAUCAUAAUACACAUAACACACUCACACACAAGCUGAGGAUCAUUAAACAGCUAAAAUAUGAUAUGUUGCCUCAGUGAGGCUAUUGCACCUAGUACAGUAAAUGUUUGCAGAGGCAUCAUGCCACAUUAAAUGUACUGGUAAGUGUGUGGGUUCCUGGCAGAGGGACUGGUGAUGGAUGGGUAUGGGUGUGACAAAGUUCAGUUCACAGAUGGCUCGGGUCCUACAAGCCAAAGAUUUUAUAGCCAUGAGGCACUUGCCAGAUGUCAACAGGCCAAACAGGUAAUAUGGUGGGAUGAAUCUUUGGCUGCUCUGCUAAGCCAACAAGAAGGAAGGACAACUCUACAUAUACCAUGGCCAUAAUACCAUAUAUACAAAUAUCAAAUGGUUUCACGUACAUGUUUUAAAUGAUGUUCGACUGCUCAGUGGACAGUGGAGUUAGUGGAGUCUGUGUUCAAGCACAAUCUGCUGAGACAUGCUGCUAGGUAAAUAGUUUGGUUUUUUGGCCUUAUCUGCAACGUCUAUGUGAGAUGCACGCAAAUUCUUCCACCUUAUCGGCUGAAUCUGUGGGGGAUAUGCUGAUCUGUCACAAAAUAGAUAUGAUGGUGACAGGUUUAUCUAACGAAUCCUUCAGAGAAUUUAAAACUGGCAGAGCUAAAGAACAGUUGAUGAAACAUCGAUGCUACGAGAGCUUUGCCAGAAUUUGUGUUACUUCAAAGAAGAAGGAAGAGGAUGCCACUAAAUAGUACAGUCUUACUCAACACAUGGAUUUCAAAACUUUUGUGAACUUAUACACACUUUAAAAAUACUACUAUACUAAAGCUAAAUGCAACCAGGAGAUAUAGAUCAAAACUUCACACAACCAUGUGUUCAGUCUGUCUGCGCAUAAUUUUUUUCUUAGGUAAAUGUAGAUAAAAAAAAAAAAAGAAGUAUAAAUGUUCAAAACAUUUCGCUACAACCAGGGUAUCCAACUAUUUAACAUUCAACACUUGGGUAGGCUACUGAAAAGUUGGAAUUUAUUCACUAAUAACUGAUAAUGAUGCCUGCACUACCAUCUAGUGGUUAUUUAUACCCCAAUGCACAGUGGAUCACAAGUGGGUGUCGUCACAAGGAAAAAAUGAAUUUGUGACGUCACAGUGACCUUGACCCUUGGGCACACAGACUAAUUUCAUCAUGGCUCAUCUUGCGUCCAAUUGAACAUUAUAACACAUUUAAAAAAAUUCCCUGAAGGGGGUCUUGAUAUAUUGUGUUCACAAGAAUGGAAUUUAAUGCCAUCUAGUGGAAGUAUCAAGUAUGACACUGGUGACAAUGAAGGCUUUGAACACAAAAAAUCGUCCAUGUCGUCAGGUGUGCACAGUUUUAAUGAGGUAUCGCCAUCCGGCAGCUUUUCCUUUCCAUUUAAACCAAGAUGAUGCAACGGUGGUGGUAAAUGCACAGGGGAGCUCAUGUAUCAAGUCUUUAAGGGUAGAAAGACAAUGUUGCACUGACGUCUAUGGCUGAAAAGAAAGUGAAAAUGUUAAAAUGCCGAAUGGCUCAUUGGAUUAAGAUCAUGGGGGGCCGGUAAAAUCUUGUACUAUGAGUUGUACAAUAACAGAGUGAACUUCACUGAUGUAAUGAUAAGAAAUCAAGCUCAAUCAGUAACAGUUUAACUUUCCAUUAACACUUUUUAGUUUGUCUCCAUUUGACCUGAUGCAACUUCGACUCAAAAUGCAUUCAUAAUAUCAAAAUGCAAGUUUCUUAAAAACCCUUAUGGCAGAUGUCCUCAUACAGUUAUAUGCCACAUGUCCUACAAACCUGGUUUUACAGGUUCAGAAAACAUCAUACAAUAUAUAUAAAACUUCAUCGUUAAGAGGGUCCUUAUGGAUUUCAGUUUGCAAUGACAUGAAAAUCCAACCUUUGAAAUAUUUCUGCUUGUUGGCAGAGGGCUAAAGGUUGCAUGAUAAUGUUUCUAUGGUUUGAACUCUGUGCUGUAAAAUAAUCAAACCGCUUUCUGCAGUGUCUGCACCAAACCACUGAUGACUUCAAUGAUUAAAUCAGUCAUAGAUUAGUAUUCAGUGUCACUCAAAAUGUCAGUGACAUUUGUGGGGGAAAUACGACCUGCCUACACAUGUUGAUUAUUAUCUCUAUAUUUCCAACCCACAUGUACAUUUGAAGUGUUGCUUGGUUACAAAACACACUUUUCAUCUUACACAAACUGCCUGGGAGUUUUUUUUGGGAAAUGUGCCUGUGUAAGGAGACACCCAUGCAAACUAUCAGCAUUUUGGGAUAAACCCUGAUGGUGAACUUUUUGUUGCCACAGAAGUAGAAAAAGAUUCAAAUCCUCUUUUUUGGUGAACUUCCUCUUAAGCCCAUUCUCCUGGUUUCGAGAAAUAAGAGAAACAUCUUCUAAAACAUCGUAAGUGAAGUGAGAUUAAGUCAAAAUAUAGAGCAGCAAGUCAUUUUCAUAAGUGUACUAUUAUGCGUCACUUAACUCCUCAUGCUUAUCAUGAGACAUGGGUCCAAACUCAGCAUAUGACCAGUAAUUAACCCUCAUCCAAUAGUAAUAACUGUGGAACCAGUCAAGCUACAGACAAGAGAUCUACAAUCUCUCAAGUAAGAUUCAUUUAUAAAAAGUUAUGUUCCAAAGUAAGCAAUUAUCUUAACUACCAAUGUUUAAUAUCACAUUAAAAAGCAUUUUAACUCUACUUGAACUAUUCAUUAUUACUGACAUUUUGUUAUCCUAUCACAAUUGUAAACAAUGUUGGUUCAUAUUUCUAUAGUUUUGUCUUGUUUAUUCCAUUUUUAAAUUAAUAUUACUAAUGUAUGUAACAUUCCGCCCCCUAACAUGGAGAGUGAAACAGCAAUACUGACUUAAGAUCAGUAAUUCAUUAUUCAGCUGCCUUGAUCCACUUUAGGUGUUUUCUCAUCAAGUUCAAGAAAAACCCCAGCGGAGGUGGUCAAAUGUUUGACACCUCACAUCUCAGAAAACCCUGACGUGGUUUUAAAUACGCUGGAAACUCCUUUUCCCUGUCAUACGUUUCCCUGUCAUAUAACGUACAGAACAGAAAUCCGAAUUUCAGAAGAAAAUGGCAACACUAGUAUGAUGACACAUCUCUCUGUAGAAGACCAACCUCGUUAUUUCACAAUAUCCUCACACAUGUCUCUCCUGCUCAGACAGGUUAAGUCUGAACAGCAAGGGUAAAGGAACACUGUUGACAUGACAAACACUUGAGCAAAGCAACCAAGCCUCGUUAGAUACAAGAAUACACCCAAGCUGCUGGCCAGGGAAGUGUACCCACUAAACACUGAGAGGGUAGAAACGAGAAAACCAGUGGGAACAGCUGUUAAACCAGCCAGUCUCAUGGAGAAACCAUGCGCUGAGUCCCUUUGUCCCACUCCACCAUCCUGUUGAGACUAAAGGGAAGCUGUGUGUGAGCACUGAACACUGCUCAACUCUGAGCACUGAGCUGUGUGAACAAAUAACAGUGUAAACACACACAGUCAUCCAAAGUUACAAAGUUCACAAAGCAGUACGUAGAGGAUAAACCAAGCUGCCCAAACCCAACCACUGCCUUUCAGCAAGUCCAUUUUAGUGUUUUACCAAAUAAAUGCUCCAGUCUGAAAUCUAGCUCAAACUAUUACUAACACACACACACACACACACACACUCUCUCUCUCUCUGUGUGUAUGCGUGCUCUCCGCCAUGUUCUUGAUGUGCCCCUGCAGACGGACACACUCUGUCUCUGCUCUUCCCCUGCAGCAGACCUCUCGUCUCCUCUCCCCCACUCCGCUCCCUUCUCCCCGUGCACGAACCAAACCCUGAUAAUCUACUCACCGAGCUGCUGAGAGAAGAUAUUUCGUCUUAUAGCCACACGACUGUCGGGACAGUAUUUGACACACGCACACAACCAGUUCCUCCCUCUUGUUCCACGUCACGCAGUAUAAAAGCUUGAACACUCGCUGUGAGACGCACAGUAGGUCUCGGGGCAGCUCCCUGCGGUUGUCUCCUUGCAGGUUGACGUGUCCAUUUUAUCAGGUUUACUCAUUUCCACCCAACUGACUCAACUUGCUAGUUUUUAACAGCUACGCAACUUUGUGCGGUUUCUUUACCACGAAGUGAGGCGGUGCUUUGCUGUAACUUUAGCCAAACUACUGACAGGUUAGCUAACUGCUAACCGUGUUGCUUGGGGGGUAAGAAGGGGAGCUCGGCUCACCGACCUUGCCGGGGUUGUCGUGUCUUUGCCGGCGGACGGGAACACGUCCGUCCGUCACCGCAUGAUGAGAAGGGCACGGCAACCUUUACAGGGCUGUUUACGUUUCUCACAGGGUGCGCUCCCUUCCCACAGCUGAGGUGGACGGGGUCGUCUUCUCCUCUUACUCUGCUCUCAGACAAUAAAUACAACUGCCCACCGCGGUUCAUGCCCAAUUGCUGCCCCCGGAGUACAAAACGAGCGCACCGUGCCCCGCCGCGCAUGCGCAGUGGCGGUUCACCAUGUGGCGGAGGGCUAGUAAGCGUUUCCACGGGUUGACUCAGCGACAUCCCGGUUUGAUCUCGAAAGUGUGCGUCCAGCAGCUGUGCAGCAGCAGCAGCAGCAGCAGUGAGUUUACAAAUGGCUGCUUUAAUGGGCUGUACACCGGUCACAUUCCCACCACCCCCGUCCAGAAAGCCCUGCUGGCCGUUGGGUCAGGUGUGGCUGCACUGCAGGACCCCUACAGACAUGACAUGGUGGCCGUGCUCGGAGAGACGACGGGACACCUAGCCUUGUUAAAUCUCAGGGACAGGAUGAGAAAUGACCCUGAAGGCCAAACAAUCCUAACUGAACGGCCCAGGAUCCGACUGUCCACGCUUGAUCUGACCACGAUGGCUUCGCUGCCCGAAGGCUCCUUUGGGAGAGAAUACCUCCGUUUCCUGGAGGACAACCACGUGACCCCUGACUCGAGGGCAGACGUGAGGUUUGUGGACAAUGAGGAGCUCGCCUACGUCAUGCAGAGAUACAGAGAGGUCCAUGAUUUGUUGCACACCUUACUGGGCAUGCCUACAAACAUGCUGGGCGAAGUGGCAGUAAAAUGGUUCGAAGCCGCUCAGUUAGGGCUUCCCAUGUGCGCCCUCGGAGCUGUGCUGGGGCCACUUCGGCUGAGCACAAGCCGUUUGCAGACACUGUUCACGUCUCUGGGGCCCUGGGCGCUUCAGAAUGGUCGGCGGGCCCGAUGCGUCCUCAGCGUCUUCUACGAGAGACGGUGGGAACAGAACCUCGAAGACCUCCGGCAAGAGCUCAACAUCGACCCGCCCCCGGUUAUACCGAGUGCAUCCAAACAGAGGAGCACCUGAGGAAUGGGUCCGGGGAUCACCUGCUAAAAGGCUUUUAAACGGCAGACAAACCGUAAAUAUUGGAGGUGUGACUGUGACACUGUGGAUGUUUUAAUAUGAUCCACUGAGGAAAUUCCCCACUUGACAAACACUGUCUUGUUCCUUCUUACAAUACAGAUUGAUCUGCCUUGGCGUCACGUCAUUUUGAGUGAAGCCAUUUUAGCUGAUAGACAUUUUUUGUGAUUUCCUGAUGCAGGUGGACAGCAGGUCAACAUGCCGCACUGAGCCACCAUCUUUUAUUGAAACUUCAUUUUUGUCUUUAGCAUUUAAAUUAAUUUAAAAACGGAAUGAUCUUUAAUUAUGCACUUACCCAUAUACUGUAAUAAGCUUUGAAAUAUAUUUGUAUUGCUAUAGUUUUAUAAUCUAUUGUAAUAAUUGGCCAGAUGUGAAAUGUUUCCUCUUCAUUACAGUUAUCGUAUUAUUGAGAAACCGAACAGUGUGCACCUGCAAUUGUUUAAACACCAGUUGGUGGGAAACGAGCAGAUGCUCUGUUAUCUUUUGACUCACUAUGUUGUCAAACCCUGGGCUUUCCUUUUUUACAGUGGUAAUCUGUACAAAAUAAGAUCCUUUAAAAACAGGGUCCGUCCAAACCACCUUUAAUUUAUCUACUUAAAAGCUGCGCUGAAAAAAUUGAGUGAUUGUUAAUUUCACAGCUCAGAAAACAUGUGAUCUAUUAAACACUGCAAAAUGGG